AUGGCUCCCAAGACCAUCAUCGCGCCCUCCAUCCUGUCGGCUGACUUUGCUCAGUUCGGCCAUGACUGCGCUCGCACCAUGGAGCAGGGCGCCGACUGGCUGCACGUCGACAUCAUGGACGGUCACUUUGUCCCCAACAUCACCUUUGGACCUCCCGUCGUCGCCUCGAUCCGAGGCCACGUCGACCAGCCCACCGAGGCUCUUGGCAGAGGCACCUUUGACUGCCACAUGAUGAUUGCAGAGCCCAAGAAAUGGGUCAAGGAGUUCAAGAAGGCCGGAUGCAACCUCUACUGCUUCCACUACGAAGCCGCCUUUUCCAGCGAUGCCGAGAGCCCCGAGCAGAAGACCGACGACAAGACCAACCCCAAGGCCCUGAUCCGAUAUAUCCACGACAACGGUCUGCUUGCUGGUAUCGCUAUCAAGCCUGAUACCUCUGUCGACGUGCUGUGGGAGAUUCUGGAGAACGCUAAGGAACAGGAACGACCUGAUAUGGUUCUGAUCAUGACGGUUUACCCCGGUUUCGGCGGACAAAAGUUCAUGGCUUCCGAGCUUCCCAAGGUCCAGGCUCUCCGAGAAAAGUACCCCGAGCUCAACAUCGAAGUCGACGGCGGUCUGGGCCCCGGCACGAUCGACCAGGCCGCGGAUGCCGGUGCCAACGUCAUCGUGGCCGGCAGCGCCGUGUUCGGAGCCAAGGACCCCUCCGAGGUCAUCUCGCUGCUGCGCAAGUCGGUGGAUGACCGCAAGGCAAAACGGGAGUUGAGCGAUGAUUGUUUCCUUUCAUCCCAUCUCCCUGCUUUGAUCGACUCUUUCGGCGAUCAGAUAAAGGCGGUGGAGCUCUCGAAUCAUCAUCAUGGGAGCUCCGUGUCAGCGCCCGUGGCGGCUCCAAGAGAGUACAACUCUGUGCAGCAAACAGAGACACUGCAAACGGCAAUUGACCUGUAA